AUGGGGUUCUCCCGCACAGCGUUGGUUCUAGCCUUUGCCUUCCAGCCUCUCCUAGGCGGAGCGUUGCCUGCCCCAUCACCUCCUGGAAUUCCGUCCACCUCUACUGCCACUAGUCAGCUGGCAGGGUUGACCGUCGCUGCACAGGGAUCCCAGGAUGGAUAUGAUCGUGACAAGUUUCCGCAUUGGAUUACCAUCAGCGGAAAAUGUAAUACACGUGAAACAGUCCUGAAACGGGAUGGAACCGACGUGGUCCAAAGCUCCAGUUGCGCUGCUACCAGUGGAACCUGGGUUUCUCCGUAUGAUGGCGAGACCUGGACAGCUUCCAGUGACGUCGACAUUGAUCACGUUGUCCCGCUAUCGAACGCAUGGAAGUCGGGGGCAUCCAGUUGGACCACAGAACAACGUCAAGCCCUUGCUAAUGACCUCGAGAAUCCACAACUCCUGGCAGUCACGGACAAUGUGAACUCCUCAAAGGGAGACAAAGGCCCUGAAUCGUGGAAGCCACCCCUGGCUUCAUAUUACUGCACGUAUGCCAAAAUGUGGAUCAAGGUGAAAUCAGUCUAUGAUCUUACGAUCACUUCAGAUGAGAAGGCUGCUCUUGUUGAGAUGCUGGAUACUUGUUGA